AUGAAUGCUCUCGAACAGGAAGUCCAGCGUCUCCGAGCAGAAGGCGAAAGGCUGAAUGGGAUAGCCACCAAUUGGAAGAGAUGUGUAAUGGCUUUGGUUGCCACAACAGAUGCACCAGCAUUAAACAUCUAUCAGCUCUCACAGUUUGGUCCUGGUAUAUUCCUGUGGUCGGUUUCGAAUCCGAACCAAGCGGUGAAUGUAACCUCCACCGACGCUUCUCUAAUCUUGAGCAAUGAAUAUCAAUGGCAAGCAUACCAACAGCAGCCAAUGGUAUAUCCUAGCUUGCACAUGCUGCCACACAUCAACAUCGAGGAUGCCUCAGAGGAAUUUCUCUUGCGAAAUUUCUAUGAGAAUAUCAUCCCGACACUGGAUGUCACUGAGUCAACUACCCAAGGAUAUGUCAAACACAUUCUGCCACUAGCAUUCAAUAACCCAAUGGUCAGAAGCGCUUUUUUGGCAGCAUCUGCAAGCCACAUCCAGAUUGCCCAAGGGGCAAAGACUAUGGUCGAUAGACUUAGGUAUAGGUCAACCGCAAUUGCCGAACUGCGGCACGUCUCAGCACAACCAGAGACAGACUCUUGCGCGCCUCUCGCUACCAUCCUAGGCUUGAUGAUCGAUGACAUGAUAUGUGGCCAUAGAGAAUGCCCUGCUUUGCUAAAGCUUGCCGAGUUCUGGAUUCACAAGGAUAGCCCUUUCAGCACUGAUCCAGGCGAGAAAGCAACGCUUAAAUUCUUACUCGACCAAGUCCAAUUAUUAAAAGCAAUUGUUUGCCCCCUUUACCAAUUCAACAAGAUUAUAAGCAAAGAGAGCCUAGCUGCAGAUGGAAGGCAACCCUUGUCGCUCAACCAAAAAGAUCUCUUCGAAGUCUUCUCCGCAAUAGAGAGUGCAGUAGCACAAACAUGUUAUAUAUAUGCACUGCCGGCGUCCAGUUCUCCCCUCGAGAGCAGCAAUACAGACUCAAAUUCAUCUUCAGACGAGCUUAAUAAACUGCUGGACCGACUCCAAGCGACUGUGACCAAGGUACCCCCGUACGCAUUGGGGGAACAUUCUUUAACAUGGGUUUACUUUAUCGCGGCAUCAAGGAGCAAGCGAAUCGACCACAGCGCUUUCUUUGUUGCGAGGUUCGCAGAACUUUUGCAGCGCAUCGGACAUGAAAAAGUAAAUGAGUUAUUAGCCGGAUUAGUAUAUUAUGUAUAUUUAAUGACAUAA